UAGGGGUGAAGGUCAAUUUAGCACGCAUAUUAUUCAUGAGGUUCAAUGGCGGAUGGUCUGUUGUUGACAAUCGCAGAAUAAUUGGAAUAUUCUCCAUGAAAACAGACACAGAAGCCCUGUCAUAUGAUGGCAAUAGAAAAAUCUUCUUCCUCCUACCAGGUGACAACACGUAAAGGUAGCAGCAUGGAAGAAGUUUCGCACAAUGAGCAACCUAUUCACAGUGGGCACUUCAUGAUAACAAAUGUGCACAACAAGUACCAAGAUAAUGACGAGGACGACGAAGAUGACAGUGUCAAAGAAGAGUUGCAGGAAACGGGUUUCGAUUUCGACUCUGCUUCCAAAACGAUUUCGAAUUCCUACGCCUUUGGGUCAAAUGCAACCCUAUCGAUCGACGACACUUUGACUAAACUUUUCGACUGCAUGUCCCUGGCUUACAGUGGAAAGUUGACAUCUCCAAAAUGGAAGGCAUUCAGGGGCAUGCAUCUGACCAUAAAGGACAAAGUACGGCUGAACAACAUCAUCUGGAGGGAAUGGUGCAUGCAAUAUAGAUAUGGCAAGAAGCCGACUGUUUGCCAGUUUGCUUCACCACUAUCAGAUGACAUACAUACCAAGCCAGAGGCAAUUGUACUGGAAGGGAAGUACUGGAAGAGAAGGCUGGAUACUGUGACUAAAGAAUACAAAAGCUGGAGGAAAUUCUCUAAAAGUCACUUAACCAAGAACUUCAGCAAUGAUAUGAGAGCGAGUAAUGCUGAGUUGCUAUCCAAAGUUGGCGAGGUCCAGACAAUCCCCAGUAACCAACAGAUGUCAGCCACUGAUCUGCUGCUCAACACAACUGACUUCAUGGACAUUGAUUUUAGCAGUGAUAACUUUUUCAGCAAUCUGAACCAUCCUUUUGCUUUUCCAAAUCCAAAAGAAUUUUAUGGCAUGUCCACUGCAGACCUCAUGCAGCCCGGUUUGGUGCCACUGCAACCAAAUCUAGACGACUUGAUGGACUAUGAUCCUAUGGAAGAUAUUGUGACCACUCGCUCCAAUGGUAAUAAUGUGAUGUACUUCACAGGAAAUCAGAGCAUGGACAGCACCACCUCAAACACAAAUAGCAAUAAUAUUGUCCAGAGCAUGGACACAAGACAAACUCCUCCAUCUCAGUCACAGAGCAUUGAUACAGAAUCCCAGUCCACAGGAAGCAAAAUGUUAGGGGACCUCUUAAGUGGACUUUUGGGUAAUAUUGCUAGUGGCAAUAUUACUACUAGUCCAGCUUUUGGUGAUGGAUCAUUCAACAGUGUAGAAAGCCAGCAGCUACUGGCAAAACUCCAGCAGCAGUCCAGCGGGCAGACUCAACAAAACUCCACAAACAGUUUGUUUUUCUUGUCUCAAAACAAUGAGGAUACUCCCAUGAACAGCAUGUCUACGAUGUCAUAUUCACCAUCAGAACCUACUCUGAAGAUUUCGUCACUGGAGGAAGCUCUGCUUAGCAAAAAUGUUAUUUCGACAAAUCAGGUGACAAAAAGUCCUGCACCGCAGUCAUCCAGAAUUCCCACUAGGAGUAAAAGUUUGCCACACGUGUCUAAAAAGAACACACAAAAAAAGGAUGGCAAUUUUGUGAAGCCAGUCAAACCUGCCACUCGUCCAAAGCAGAGAAUGAUUGCACCAAAUCCUCCACCAUCUACAAACAACACAUAUCUGGCACAGCUUCUCACUACAGGGCCCCACCAUAUGGCAGAUUCUUCCACGUCUUUCUCGCGUCUAAAGCUGUCCAACACCAUUCUCUGUAACCAGUUGAUGAAAGUAAUAGAUAUUGAACGAUAUGGAACAUAUCCUGGGGCGAUCAUCAAUGUUAAAAAAGAGACUGGGGGCGUGGCCACUUCUGGUCUAGUGACAAUUCAAGGGCAACAACCCACCUCUACACCUUUGGUUGUCUCCUCUAUUCCUUACAAACUGACUGAUGCCAGCAUACUGUUGCAAACACAAAGUCCUGCUGUUGAAGUCACCAAAGAAACACUCAUUAACUUCGUUUCGAAUCCAGUAACUUUACCUAAUACGUCUGUAGAAGUGCCUAAAUUUACCAAUGUGACAACCAUAACUCCAACAAAGAUUGCUGCCCCCACCCUCUCCUCAUCUCUUUCAGAGUCCAUCACCCCAAGGAGGGCAAGCUAUCCCCCCAAUAGUCCUGGCACUGUGUUCUCUAAUCCCACUAGUCCUUCUGAUAGUCUGUCCAUCAGGAGCCCCUCAGGAAACCAGUCAGGGGAUUCGGAGUCGGAGUUCAGAGGUGGAGAACACAGAAGGCUAAAUCAUACCUCAGCAGAACAGAAAAGAAGGUGUAAUAUCAAGACUGGAUUUGACCUGCUUCACUCCCUCAUCCCAUCACUUAGUCAGAAUCCUAAUGCCAAAGUCAGCAAGGCAGCAAUGCUCCAAAAAACUGCUGAAUAUUGUAAAAAGUUGAAAGCAGAGCGUACACAGAUGCAGAAUGAAGCAGAGAUCCUUCGACAAGAAAUAGACUCUCUCAAUGUUCAAAUAAGUCAAUGCCAAGCCCAGCUCCCAGCUACCGGGGUUCCAGUCACGCGACAGAGAGUGGACCAGAUGAAGGAGAUGUUCCAGGAGUACGUCAAAAGCAGAACGCUAACAAACUGGAAGUUCUGGAUCUUUUCCACCAUCAUUCAGGGUUUGUUUGACACCUAUAACAGCAUGGUGUCCACAGCUAGUAUUGACGAGCUGUGCAGGACCUCUCUGGCAUGGUUAGAUCAACACUGCUCUCUCGUCAUCCUAAGACCUGCUGUGUUGAAUGCUUUGCGCCAACUGAGCACCACUACCAGUAUUCUCUCUGACCCGUCUCGCAUGCCAGAACAUGCUACCGAAGCAGUGCUGAAAACAGAUAAGUCUGGUUCCUGACUGUUCACAAAGAGACAGAUGGUGAUUUAGAGCCGAAGCUGGUGUCCAGAACACACUGAAUAAACCUCGGAAGUUUGGCGUCUUCAGCAACUAGGGCAGUCACGUCUGAUGGUUGGUAAAGUUACCAUGGAGACAUUAUGAAGAUCCAUAGACAUUCGACAAAACAUAGGGCAGCUUAUAUUAGUUUUCUUUUUACAGACUAAAGCAAUACAAGUGUGAAAAUACAAUUGGUGGCACACUUUUGUACCUGUGCUUGAAUUUACGAAAUGAAUUGUUUGGUUUGAUGUGAUUGAUGUCAGCAAAGACGGCGUAUAAUAUUUUAAGUGAUGUUAACUUGUGAUCCAGGAUUUGAAGUUGAUGAUUUAGAUACCAUCAGGACUUUGCAGUGGUUAUUUUAACCCAUUGAAUCGCAUGAUUAGAGGAAGUUUGUAGAUAUAUAUAGAUGAAGCAUUGAUGGGAAAAAAGGACAAAUAGUUUGUGAAAUGAUGCAGAGAUAUACCAGUGGAGUGGGAAAGAAGAAAUCUAAAGAGUAUUUGUUGCUUUCUCUUAGUGUUUAACAGAAAAUGUGAACACUGCUAUUGGAGUCAAAUGAUGUGAUUUUUGUAUUAUAAAAGACGUAUAUGUAGGUAGAUUACUGUUGAUGUGUACUCAUGCAGGAAACAUUCAUAUAUAUAUCUAAUAUAAAUAAAAAAUAUGGCCAACAUCUUGCUGAUACUUGUAAAUAGCAAUCUGAGGAUAAUGUUAUAUAUCUUUACCAUAGACUGAAUCAUGAAUCUAAUUUCCAAAGUGUUUAAAACAGUGAAAUAUGUCCAAGUUUGUGAAGGCUUGAAUAUCAAGUUGACACAGUUUGUUGAGAUAUUCUAGUUUUAAACUAACAUUAAAUUCUUCCAACAUUUUUCACCGUCUAAGUUUCCUCCCUUGUCUUUCAAUGUUGAACAUUGUUAUACCGGUGUUACCUGGCAGUAUUGACCCCCACUGAACACAAAAGGUAAAGAACUAAAAUUGUUCAUUGAUGUCAUAUAAGCCAGUUUAUAUGCAGUAUGUAAUCUAAUCAUUGUCAUUACUAUAUAAGUUAAUGAGUAAACAAAACAUUUCAGAAGGUGGAAGAAAUUAAGCAACUGUUGAUUGUUGAAUAUCUUUCUGAAGUUUAUAUACAUAUAGAUGGACAAAAUUGAAUCCUGCUAUGAUCUUAUAUAUGAACUAGAUGGGUUUUUUUUUUUAUCUACUGCAUUAAAUUCCAUGCUGAUUCUAAACAGAUGUUGUGUUGUGAUUAAGUAGUGAAUAUAAUGAUACAUGCAUUAUAAAGUAGAUUUUCUAUAAUUUUAAAAACAAACUGAAGCUACAAAACCUUUCCUCCUUGAUGGACACAGUACGUGGUGUAUAUUCUACAGGACUGGUAAAUUAUACAUAGGUAGCAAACUAAGUGAUUGGAUCAAUGUCAUUCUAUGACAUGAAUGAUUGAAAAUAUCAUUUGAAGUGCUAGUCUUGUCAAAAAAAAAAUCAUCCCAAAAUACUCAUGGAUAUAAAGCUGAAAGGUGUGUCAUGUUUUUAUUACAUUUAAAGAACCCAUAAAAAUUACAAAAAUUUAUAUUAUUUGCAAAGGGCUGAAUCAUUCUGAUAACAAAAACCCACAAAUAUUGUUCAUUAUUAUUUCCAUUUGUAAGAUUUAUUUUCACCGAAGCACACAUGUCCAUUUUUCAAUUUGACAAGAAUAAACAUUUAUCUAUCCGUGUCCCAACAUUUGGUGAAUUUCUGGGUAAAUUACAACUAUCUAUCUGUUAAUUAAAAAAAAACAAAAACAUUUAUUUUAAAUAUUCCAUAUUAAAGACAAUAUUCCUAAACUGACAAUCUUGCAAAAAUAAGUAAUUUGAUACUUGAAGGAAUUUACAAUGAGUGGGGUUAAAACUGAAAAUUGGUUGUUGGUAAAUGUAAUGAGACCUUAACAGUUGAUGAACUUUUCCCUACCUCUGUUGACACACACUAUGCAAUACAGACAUUGGGUGAACCAUUAUCUGACAGGAAUUUCUUGUGUUUCUCAUCACAUUGACUCAAAUUUGCAAAAUCACUAGAGAAUGUUUGUAAGGGCAGCUUGUACAACUACUUUUCAAUACAGAGUAGUAUUUUGUGUGUUUUGAAAUUGGAUGAAGUACUCGUUUAAUUUUUAAAUUUGAAAAUACAUGAAUAUGUCUUGAU